AUGCCGGGCUUCACCUGCUGCGUACCGGGCUGCUACAACAACUCGCACCGCGACAAGGCGCUGCACUUCUACACCUUCCCCAAGGACGAGGAGCUGCGGCGGCUCUGGCUGAAGAACGUCUCCCGGGCGGGCGUCAGUGGCUGCUUUAGUACCUUCCAGCCCACCACGGGCCACCGCGUCUGCAGCGAGCACUUCCAGGGCGGCCGCAAAUCCUACCUGGUGCGGGUCCCCACCAUCUUCCCGCUCCGCGGCGUUAACGAACGCAAGGCGCAGCGGGCCGCCCGCCGCCCCCGCCCGGCCGCCGCCGCUGCUGCCGCCGCCGCAGCCGCCGCCGCCGCCGCAUCGCAGGGCCCCGGUGCCGCCGGUAGCGGCGAGGCCCCGGCAGGGGGCGCGGCCGAGGAUGUGAAGCCCAUCGACCUGACGGUGCAGGUGGAGCUCGGUGCCGGGGCUCCCGCUGGGCCCGGCCCCGGCAGGCUAUCGGCAGCGGCACGGGAGGAUGGCCCGUUGGAGGGUGGCCCGCCGGACCACUCGUACUCGCUGUCGUCGGGCACCACGUCGGAGGAGUUGCUGAGGAAGCUGAACGAGCAGCGCGACAUCAUCGCCCUGCUGGAGGUGAAGAUGAAGGAGAUGAAGGGCAGCAUCCGCCGCCUGCGCCUGUCCGAGGCCCAGCUCCGGGAGGAGAUACGAGUGAAGGACCGGCUGCUCCACGCCGCCGGCGCCGGUAACCGCAAGCGCCACGGUCUCUGAGGGCUCUCCACCGCCCUCGGUGAGGUGUCCGGCUAGAGCAGAGACGGGGCUGGGCUGCAGCCCCACAGGCCCCCCCGCCCCGGCUCUCGCUGCCCGGUCCCUCCUGACCUGCUGAAGCAGCCCCCAGACGAGCGAACCUCUGCUACCAGAUUCCCUUCCUGACCGGGGUGGCUGCCGCCAGCUCACUGCCGAGCCCUGUUGAUCCAUCCUCACCCCAGAGCUGGCACUACGGGCGCUGGCCAGCGUCCCCUUCUUACCGGGCCCAUCCUCACCCUCCUUGUACUGGCGGCAGCACAAAACACUUCUGUGGGUGUUGAUGAGACCUCAGGCACCACGAAGCUGCUGGAGGGGGGUCUAUUUUCAUCAAGGAAACUCUCUCUGUGUUAAGUGUGCUAGCAGCGACACUACCCCUGGAGAAGGCGUGUCUGGAAGUACGGUUGGCAGCACACCCCGCAGAGGAAGGAGCGGCAAUGGUAGCGGCUGGCAGAGGCUGGAGGACAGCUAUAAGGAGCCUCACUAGGCGAUGUGUUUCUCCAGGAAGCUGCUGGUGCCCUACCGGUCUGAGGUGUGUGGUGGGAAAGAGCCCCUGAUCAGAGACUGCUCUCGUGUGAUGUAGUUUCUGCUUUCCCGCAGUACCUGCGUGUUCCUUACAGAUGUCUCCGUGCUCUCAGCUCUAGUGAGGAUUGAUGGGUUGGGCCAAAGGACCUGGUGGCAUUUGAUGGCUGUGGUUUAUCUCGUUGGCUUCAAAACUUGCUCCCCUGAAAUGAGGGGCUCAGUAACAUGUUGGAGUGUGAAUCCUUGGCUUUCAUUCCAAGAGGCAGGAUGAGACUGGAACGCAGCGAGUUCCUUUGCAGCGGUUGCAAACCUUUGCUGUCUAACCCUGAACUAGUUGGCAUGACUAACCAGCAAUGCAUUAGGCAAGAGCCCACCAAAACCUGCUCGCGUGUUUGAAACCCCGAUGUAAGAGUAUCGUAACAAAGCUGUGUGCAGUGAGUGUGUACUUUCUGUUUCUAGACAGCCUUCGGCCCCUUGCUCCCAGCAACACGAAACCAAACCAGCGUUGGCUAGAGGGAGGGUGGAGUGAGGGUGGCAAGGCUGGAAUGCUGACUCUCGGGGUGGUGGGUGCAGCAGAGACCUCAGCAUUUUGCAGGAGGAAGAGGAGUAAUGUAUUCAGUGCACCUGGUGCUCGGAGUAUGGCCACAGUAAUGAUGGAGGUCAGACACAAGGCAAUUGACCGGAGUGCCCACAUCAGACACGAGGGGGUGGGGCCCAGGCUGCCCUGGGCCCGUGGGGUGGUCUCCCCACAGGCAUGCUGCGUGCAGGGCUCAGGAUGUCCCUUCUGCUUACAUGUCCUAGGAGUGUUUUCUACGUGUAUGGAAGUCUCUUUAGUUUGAGAGGUUAUACUCUUUGUAACGCUGGCAGGUGGAGCUCUGCAGCUCGUGGGGUUGACUGGGCCGCAAGGACAGCACCAGCUGGGAUUUGACAGUGGAGAUUCCUCUGCCAUCACACAGCCCCUGCACUGGUGGCCCUGGUAUCACUGCUGCUGUGUGAUGCCAGUGUUCCUUGAUGUGUGUGCAGCCUUGGAUGGAUGCCCAUGAGGACUCUGCAGGCCCACUCACCCACUGAGUAUUUGCCAUGACUUUCAUGUUAAUUUAUUUUCUCCACACUGAUGUAUAUCUCUUACCUCCUGCUUUGUGGUAUCCUGACCUUCCUGUGAGUCCAGUGAGCAGCCAUUUAAUUUCUGUUGUUACUGGGUCAGUCUCUUGGGUUGGGUUUUCUUUGGAGCGAAAGCAGAUACCUGCUCCACCACCUGAUUCAACACAUGUAACUGGUCUAGCAGAUCCAUAAGAUCCCGUCAAGGCCUCUGCUGAGGAACGAGGCCAGUUGAGUGCCCUGGCUCCUUGAGAAGGUGCCUGUGGUAACACUCGUGGUACUUUUUCUACCCUUGAAAUGCCCCUCAGGAUGUUCAGCCACUCGGCCUGCUGGACUGGUUACCUGCUGGACUUGUCAACUUCUCCAGGUUACACUGAGGUGCUAACAUGCUUAAUUUUAAUAAAGUCUAUUUUGUUUUGUUACA